UUGUUGAUUUAUCAUGGAGAGGUAAGAACGAAGGUUUUUUGCUGGUUGGAGGAAGGAAUAUAAAAAAGUAAAUUACAGCGUAUAUUAAGGCUCAUGUAAGAGAGCAGAAUACCGGGGUGUCCACGGGCCUUGAAAAUCCUGGAAAGUCCUUGAAUUGGAAAAAGAAAAUUCCAGGACUGGAAAGUCCUUGAAAAUCCGUAGAAGUCCUUGAAAGUCCUGGAAUUAAUGUCCUUAACUCCAGCUGUGCCAACAUUAGUGAUUUUGAUUAAAAUUACCGAAUAAAGUGAAUUAUUUACAGCAAAUCCGUGCCAUUUUCAAAGAUUUUUCCCAGUUCUAGGUCCUUGAAUUUACUGAAAAAGGGCCUUGAAAGUCCUGGAAAAGUCCUUGAAUUUCAACUUCACCAAAGGGUGGACACCCUGGAGUACACAUUUUUGCGUGGUUGAGGAAAUUCGGUCGUAUCCCGGUUAAAUAUAAGUUUAAGUUCAGUAGAAUCCCCAUUUAGUGACAUGGAAAUGACAUCUGAUUCUCCCAUGUUCGUUUUUUUUUCAUGCGGAAGAGAGAUUCAAUAUAUUUCAAAACCUUAUUACAGAUUUUUUGAUAUAAAAGAUAUUACACUUGUAUAUUUCAAGCAAAAUCAUUAUGCAUUCCGCCAUCUUGGGUAUGCAUAUCCAUCGUCGGAUAUCAUUUAAUUAGAUCUAAUUAUAAAACAAGAUGGCAGGAUGUUUUGGUUCCAAAUAUCUCAAAAAUUAACAUAUAGUUUGCGAAUAUUUGUAAAAAGGAUUUGUAUAAAUGAUCAUAACAUUCAUGCAUACAUAAUUUUUGUUGCUAUUUUCCAUGGUAAGAUAUUGUAGUAUUAUACACCAGGGUGGGAUAAUUCAAGAUUUUUAGUGGUACCUGACUAGUACGCCAAUGGUUGUUGCUGCGUACUUGCGCAAACUCAGUACUCAAUGUGUACUUAGUCUUUAAAAUAAGGUUAAUAAAGUACAGGUUUAUGAAAAGUAUGUUCAGACUACGAGGUAGAAAAAGAAGCACAAUUGCAUAUACAAACGAUAAACUCCAACGUUACGUUUCUUAGUGCCAUCAGUCCAAUCAUGUUUCAUGCGAAGACAUCUCAGACACAUGAUAUACCAACUAAAUUACAGUAUUGAAUACCUUGGGUUAGGCACGGUGGGUUAGGAAAGGUCAUGUGGUACUAGCGAAAAGUAAGUACGCAGAUAGCAAGAGUUCCGCGUACCUACGUGAUACGUGGCUGAAAACAAAGAAGUACCAGGCCGUGAUAUUGGUGUACCUCCUGUACGUAAGUACGCGAAUACACGCUUCCGGAAAGUACGUCACUUUGGCUAUAGAGCCUCGUUUUCGUGAUUGAGACGCGGCCUUUAACUGAUGUCAGAUACACGAAAACGAGGCUCGUUAGCUAAAGUGACGUACUUUCCGGAAGGGUGUAUUAUCGCACCCUUUGCACGUUCGUCCGUACAUACCGACGAAUUCGUUAACAAAGGACAUGGACUCCUUGAUAGAAGUGUCAAUGAUUCAUUAACGCCGAAGUGUCUCCCCUUCACGAGUUGAAUAUUAUUGCCAUAGGGCGUCUGUCACUUGCGGCACAUUGCUGUCCAAUGGGUAAUUCCAUUCGUGAAACGUGAGGUGUAUAUAAUAGCAUAACCGAACUUCAUAAUUAUUCAAAACUGAAUAUUCUGUGUGGGAUGGAAACACACACAAACACAAGACAAUGCAACAUUCCGAUCACCGAACCCGCACUGGGCUCAUUGCUGUGCCAUUUACCCCUUGUCACUGUGCCACUUGUCGACAAGAAAGUCUGGGGUUUGGGAAAGAAAGUGAGCUUGAAAGGACAAAAGAAGAAAGCUUUAAAUCUCGAGUUUUGAUGACAGUUUGUAAUUCCUACACUCCACUCCUCUAGAUUGGGGAAGAUGGUCACCUUUCCGAAAUGGGAAGGGGGCGGGGGCCGGACAGUAAGCCCACUUGUAACUAUAUACACCAUUGUUUAUAAUGACAAUUUAAUUUAGAGCCUUUUUCUACUUUAACCGUAAUGUAACGUAUUUCUCGUUUGUUCCCUGAGCACUAGAGUGGAACUAAUAACUUCGACAUAAAAGAAAAUGCUCCGUUACGUUACGUUACUAUACGGUUGAAGUGGAAAACAGCCUGAAGAGGUUUUUUCUAUGUCGCGUAUAUUUGCGGUAAAAAGCGUUCGAAACCUAAAAUCUUUUUAUUUCUCUAAAUCUGCCGGUGGAGAAACGAUUAAAAUACAAUUGUCGAUGAUGCUUUAAUUGACGCCAUAUUCACAACAUUAUAAGCAAAACUUACUGAACUUCAGAUAUCAUUUUCUCUUUGGCGUACCAUCUGAAGUCUUCAUUUUAGCAUUAUUUUGCAGAUAAAGCACUAAACAUGCUUUGUCUGGCGGUUAAGAACGAAUAAAAAAUUUUAAAGUUUGAGUGUAGUCAUAAUCAAGCUGUACAUUAUACUCAUUAGCUCUGAGCGUGUGUUACGUAAUAAAACAAUCGACUCUUAACCAAAACAUUCAUCCUAGAGUUAUAACACAAUCAAUAGUAAAGGUAGUAUUUGUAUAAUCGUGUGAAUUAUUGAACUCCCCUGCUUUUUUGCAGACGAUUGCUCAGUGGAAAAAACAAGGCUAUCACAACGACCCACAGCAUGAAAAUUUCCGACAACUGUUACAAGCACCGAAAGAUGAUGCACAAGAAAUCCUACAAACACGAUUUCCCAUGCCCCGUUACAUCGAUACACAACAUGGCGGAAGUCAG